CUAUGUAGAAACUUACAUACUCCAUUACCGAAAUUUUACCACGUCGAAAGAGUUUUUAAAACGUCUGAUGCAUCGAUUUCGACUGCGCCCUCUGCCUGGAGAAUAUGAACACUUUGCAAAAUGGCAACUACCCAUUCAAACAAGGUAAUUCCGAGAAAAACUAAAAGCAACACGGAAUCGUAUAUUUUUGGCCCAACUCAUCUAUAUAUGUAUGUCUGUAUGUAUAUAUAUAUAUACGUAUAGGGUACUCAAUGUGAUUGACAUCUGGGUAACAAUUCAAUAUGUAGACUUUAAAAACAACGCAGAAUUACGAGCAAAGCUGAUCCAGUUUUUGUUCAAUGAAUACAACACGGCCCCUCAAGCUUUACGAGAGCGAAUUGAUAAAAUUCAGUCAACACUAAAUCAAAACGCAGAUCUCUUUAAAGAUAAACUUCGGCAGCAAGCGUUACUUUUCUAUCAAAUGUACCAUCGAGAUCGACAACUGUCAGCAUUAACUUACUAUAGCAACAGUAGUAAGCUAAUUAUACCGACCAUGAACCAUUUCAACUUUCAUCUUCCAUUUGUACAUACUGCUGCUGCUGCUUCUUCUGCUACUGUUGAAGAGUGUUCAACCACAAUCCCAAUGUCUAUGCCUCACUUUUCAACGGACAUGGAUACUUUUUUGAUCAUGGAUGCCAAAGAUAUCGCGAGAUACUUGACACUAGCUGAUUAUUAUUUGUUUAAAUGUAUUUUGUACUCCAAUGAAUUGAUUCAACCCAAAGAUACCAAAGAUAAGUCUAUACCAACAUUUACAGAGAUCAUGACAAAAAGAGCCAAUAUGGUAUGCUUCUUUUGACUUUCCUACUUCUCUACGCAACAUUGCUUGAAAAAGAGUUUAUACGAGUUACUCAUCUCUUUCCGUUGGUAGAUAAGUCAUUGGGUUGUGCAUGAUAUACUUAAAGUAGAAUGUGCAAAAUCUAGAAAGCAACUAUUGAAAAA